AGCACACGACGUCGUUGGCGUUCUCAUUCCAACUAAAUAAAAGUGACUUGUCACCAGAAAGCCAUUGAACCUGAGCACUUCGAGCUCCAAGCUCCAACGUUGAAGCAAAGCAUACAAUGGACAACAGAAACGUCAUCGUUUGCGACAAUGGCACUGGGUACGUCAAGUGUGGAUUUGCUGGAGAGAAUUUUCCCACCUCUGUAUUCCCUUGCGUGGUAGGAAGGCCCAUGCUAAGAUACGAAGAAUCACUCAUGGAAGAACAGUUGAAGGAUGCUGUUGUUGGAGAAGCUUGUGCUGACUUGAGGCAUCAGCUGGAUAUAUCUUAUCCUGUUAACAAUGGAAUAGUUCAGAAUUGGGAUGACAUGGGUCAUGUGUGGGAUCAUGCGUUUUUCAAUGAACUUAAAAUAGACCCUACAGAAUGUAAAAUUUUACUCACUGAUCCACCUCUUAAUCCCUCGAAAAAUCGUGAAAAAAUGGUUGAGACCAUGUUCGAGAAGUACAACUUUGCUGGUGUCUUCAUUCAGAUCCAAGCUGUUUUAACUUUGUAUGCUCAAGGUUUACUGACAGGAUUAGUCAUUGACUCUGGUGAUGGUGUGACUCAUGUGGUUCCUGUUGUUGAUGGCUACUCAUUUCCACAUUUGACUAAGCGAAUGAACGUAGCUGGUCGGCACAUUACCUCCUAUCUUGUUGAUUUACUUUCAAGGAGAGGGUAUGCCAUGAAUAGGACUGCUGAUUUCGAGGCUGUUAGGGAAAUUAAAGAAAAGCUCUGCUAUAUAAGUUAUGAUUACAAGAGGGAGUAUCAAUUGGGCCUUGAGACCACAAUCCUUGUUAAGAAUUAUACUCUGCCAGAUGGAAGGGUGAUAAAAGUAGGCACCGAGAGGUUCCAGGCACCUGAGGCUCUAUUUACACCAGAACUUAUAGAUAUUGAAGGUGAUGGAAUGGCUGAUAUGGUCUUCCGCUGCAUCCAGGAAAUGGAUAUUGACAACCGGAUGAUGCUGUACCAGCAUAUAGUAUUAAGUGGAGGGAGCACAAUGUAUCCUGGAUUACCUAGUCGCCUGGAGAAAGAAAUACUCGAUCGCUAUCUUGAAGUUGUUCUAAAGGGAAAUAAAGAUGGGCUGAAGAAGCUGCGGUUGCGAAUUGAAGAUCCACCACGAAGAAAGCAUAUGGUCUACCUUGGAGGUGCAGUUCUUGCUGGAAUUAUGAAGGACGCACCAGAGUUCUGGAUUAGCAGAGAGGAUUAUCUAGAAGAAGGAAUUGCUUGUCUGAACAGGUGUGGUUAGGCAUAAUAUAUUUUCACUUGCUUGUGAACGUAAUAUUGUUGACAAAAGAUGUCUACGCACAUACAUAUAAAUGACAAGGGGUAUCUGAGCUGCUUAAAAAGACUGGUGUUUCAGCCUGGAUAAAUAUCAUGCUGCCUCGUGUAUACCUGAGAAGUUGAUAGCUCAAGAAGCAAAGACAUUGGUAACUACCCGAAACAGCUUCGUGGUGGUGUCCUAAUUCAUUGCACACGGUAUAAAUGUUGCUUAAAGAAAAUGUUAAUCUUUUUUCAAUUUUACUACUUAUUGAAACUGUAUUUUCUACCUGAACAUCUUCCUUCUGUUCACCUGACCGGGAAAAUAAACUGAUGUUUGAAAAGGUAUUUUGCCUCAAAAUAAUUGCUUGCUUGCUA